GUUGCGUCGCUGGUACGAGUGGCUAUUAUGUUGGUCACACCCGUCGCAACUUGAGUUGGUUGAUAACAGCUUUUUUUCCGACGUCGUGUGGCCACCUUCUUAUCUAUUCACUCCAUCGCCUUACACAUUCCCCACAAAAUGUUAGAUGAUGAGGCUACUGUCGGGGUUGGCCCCGCCGACGGACUUCGAAACGCAUCGCGAAGGCGUGGAAUAAGAGGGAAACGGGACCCGGGGUUUCAUGGUCAAGCCAGCUGGAUCAGCUGUGUGAUCAAUCUGGUUAAUACGAUCAUCGGCGCCGGUGUUCUUGCUAUGCCUCUGGCUAUAUCUCAUAUGGGAAUCGUUUUGGGUGUCAUCGUGAUAUUAUGGUCUGGAACGACAGCAGGGUUCGGUCUCUACCUCCAGUCCCGAUGUGCGCAGUACCUAGACAGGGGAACGGCGUCAUUCUUCGCCUUGUCCCAGCUUACCUACCCCAAUGCCGCUGUGAUCUUCGAUGCCGCCAUUGCGAUCAAGUGUUUCGGAGUUGGAGUCAGUUACUUAAUCAUCAUUGGAGACCUAAUGCCGGGAGUUGUUCAGGGCUUCGUUGGUGGUACCCCAGACUAUGACUUCUUGGUGGACCGGCAUUUCUGGGUAACAGCUUUUAUGUUGGUUGUUAUCCCGCUCUCUUACCUUCGCCGGUUAGAUUCCCUCAAGUACACCAGCAUUGCUGCUUUGGUUUCCAUGGCCUAUUUGGUGAUUUUGGUUCUCUAUCACUUCGUGAUUGGUGACACAAUGGCGGAUCGAGGACCAGUUCGUGUGAUUCACUGGGCUGGUCCCGUGCCGAUGCUCAGCAGUCUGCCUGUGAUUGUCUUCGCAUUCACAUGCCACCAGAAUAUGUUUUCGAUAUUGAAUGAGAUCGCGAACAAUAGCCACUUUAGAACGACUGGAGUUGUCUUUGCCAGUAUUGGAAGUUCUGCUGCAACAUAUGUUCUUGUCGCCAUUACUGGUUAUCUGUCGUUUGGUGACAGUGUUGGAGGAAACAUCGUGGGCAUGUACCCCCCUGGGCUCUGGGCGACAAUUGGACGCGCUGCCAUCGUUAUGCUGGUUAUGUUCUCGUACCCCCUUCAAUGCCACCCGUGCCGCGCCUCGGUUGAUGCCGUUUUGAAGUGGAAACCGAAGGCUUCAAACAGCAACGAUAACUCGCCUCACCGCCAUCCUCUUCUAGGCCCACGAGGCAAUCGAACACCCGAACCCAUGAGUGAUCUUCGCUUCUCAGUCAUUACGACAACAAUCUUAGUAUUGAGUUACAUUGUUGCUAUGACCGUCUCUUCUCUCGAAGCAGUGCUUGCGUAUGUUGGUAGCACAGGCAGUACCAGCAUUAGUUUCAUUCUCCCGGGGUUGUUCUAUUAUAAGAUCUCCUCGCCCGACUCACCUGCUCACCAACGACUGAUGAAAGAAGACGACGAAGCGGCUGAAGGCAUAUUUUCCGACGAUGGUGAUGACAACGAUGAUCUAGAUAAUCAGGCCCGCUCGCUUACUGAGAGUGGUAUCCUUCGUCGUGGGACUCGCCAUUGGCGAAAGGCUUUACUGCGGAAGCUGAGUCUGGCACUCGCCAUAUACGGAGUCAUUGUCAUGAUUGUCUGUCUCAUCACCAACUCGCUCUUCAUCGCCUCACACUAGAAACGGUUAGAUUGAUAUAUCACGCUAUCAAUGCCGCAAGGCAUCUCUUUUCUGCUAGACAGGUAACUCUUCAGUUAUGCUACUACCACUUCUUUACUCUCCUUCCCUUGAACUUACUCUCCUAAUUUUCCUUUAUUUUUC